CGUGCGUGUGUGUAGGUGUGGUGUGUGUGUGAGUGUGUCGAGUCCCGCACGAGGAUCAUUCAUCAAAACUGACCCUGACCCUGGCCCUGGCCCUGACCACUCAACCGCCGUGUCGAGAGAGUUCUCCUGCUCAUUAAUAAUAAGAGUGGGUGAAAGCGCUUGCCGGAGAACGAUCGCAGCAACCUUAAGGCUGGCCACUACUACUCCAGGCUAACUCAAACGACCUUGUCUGAUCUUAGCGGUCUGCUGUGCUGUUCAAAAGCUCCCGUAUAGCGCUUCUUUCAUUCUUGGCCACCGAUUUGUCGAUACAAUUGCAUGUCACGUUGGCGAUUGUUGUCUUCACACCGUCCAUCAACUCGACUUCGACACCUUCCCUGAGGACUCUGUCAGCCCUUCACGUCCUCCCGUCAGCAUCUCCAAGUCUACCGUCCCCCCCAACGGCAGGCCGUCUCUCUCACACAAUGGAGAGCCUCACGUUGAACGAUGGGACACCAUACCAACGGCACUACCAUUACAGAGAUCAAAAGCCUCGUUCUCCACGCCUGCCAACUCCAGAUGUCUCGCGGAGCAGCCGAGAGACCUUGGUCGGUCCGUACGACAAUGGCCCCUUCUUCUUGCGGCCGAGUUCUGGAGAGAGGUCGUUGGGCAUCCCUAAUGGACCUACUCACUAUCGACGGGACAGUCGGAAUACUGUGAUACCACACUCUCCGCCGUAUCUCAAUGGCGAAGGACAGAAGCCAUCACUACCUCCGUUGAAGACCGUACUCGGAAACAGCAUUUCCAGUCCCCCUAGAACACCUAGUCCCGGUGGGAGUCCAGGUCAACUCGCCCCUCGUGAACCCUCAUAUAUCACGUCGACGUACAAACCGCCGUCACUCUAUCCAAACAAGAAGCAGCGUAUGGAACCGCUGUACUCGGGCGUCGCAGCCAACGGACCACGUUUCGCACCAUCGACUACACUCGAGCCGACCACGUCUGCCUCUUCCAUGCGCUCGAGCGUGCAGUUUCCGCCGAUGAACAGCACUCAUGUGCGCCGAACACACGCACAAUCAGUAGGCAGCCCACCCUGGAGCUCGCAGGACGCUUCUGCCCGAUCUGGUGGCGCUCGUACCCAUGAAAACGCACCUGGUCAGUAUCAAAAUGCAGAUCAACCGCCCGUCGAGCCAUCUUUCCCACGACGGAAUCCCUUCACUGGCACUGCACCGGAUCCGUUUGCGAGACAAAUGCGAGACAGCUUUGGACAGUCUGGCGACCGACCCAGCUCCCGCAGAUCGUCCGUGAGCACGUACGCCAUGUAUCCGCCCCCGUCGUCCUUCGACCGAGAACAGCCUCGACCCAGUCCAUACUCGGCAGGAGGCUAUGCGAUGCGAGACGGCUACAGCGAUCCGAGAGAUCCGAUCAGAUAUGGACGUCCAGAAGAGCACCAGGAUUGUCAGCCUGGCUUUCCCGCACAGCCAUAUCAGAGCAACGUUCCUGCGUACUUCAUGCCUAGCCACUACGAGUAUCAACAUGGAAAGGCACGCAAGAGAAGUAACCUUCCGAAACAAUCGACAGAGAUUAUGAAGACAUGGUUCGAUCAGAACAUCGCGAACCCUUACCCCAGCGAAGAGCAAAAGGCAGUCUUUUCCAAUGCAACGGGCAUCAGUAUGACUCAAGUGAGCAACUGGUUCAUCAACCACCGUCGAAGAUGUCCCGAGUUGCGUGACAAACGCGAAAAGAGUCGCGGCGGAGGUCGCGACAGCGACAUGUGAACAGAAUAUAUUUUUACCAGUUUCCGAAAGCUUCGAAUGUUUCAUUAAAUGGGGUACUACAACAUGAAGGGAUGGGAAAGAAUCAGGGACAUAUUGAUUCAUGAGGAACGGCGUAAUGAAAUGACACACACACACACACCCACAUACACACAGAGGUAUUGAGAGCAGCACAGCAGAGAACAGAUGAAUGACACAGGACCAAGGAAAAAGGGAAAUCACAGGAGACAAACGAUGAGCCGUCACAUCUUGAUUGAUUAAGGCUAGAUGAAGCAUAUGCAAGGGGAUCUCAUGAUAGGGUAUCACACCAGCCAUCUCAAUGACAAGAGAAAAGCAG